GGGAAUGAACCAUAUUUCAUAGAAGAGGCUUAUAAGUAGGGGAACGUGAUCUUCCAACCUUCCAGAAUUGGUACGUGGCACUAAUCGAUUUGAAGUGCGAUGUUGCUAACGGACCUCUAAUCCUGCGACACCCACGUUGUCGUAUUGGUAACAAAGAUAACGACAAGAAGGCCCUCAGCCAAGAUCUCCGCUUACGUCACCACCCAGCGCUCGCCCGCCCCACCAACCUCGGAUCUCCCUCGCACGUGUCGCCACCCGACGCUCCUCCUCUUCCGCACGUGCGCUUUCUCCUUGCUUCUAGCUGCUAUAUUUCUGCGCCCCGUGCACCCAAACAGGAAGGGGAGGCGAGAGAGAGAGAGAGAGAUGGUAAUGGUGAGAGAGAGGAGGCACCAACAAGCACUGAAGCUUCCCUUGCCACCCCCACCGGUGGCGAUGCCAGAAUUCCCCUACCACUUUCCCGACUCCCCCGGGACCGUAGACCGCCUCUCGGACCUCGAGAAGCUCUCGGUCCUCGGCCAUGGCAGCAGCGGCACCGUCUACAAGGUCCGCCACCUCCGCACCUCCUCCCUCUUCGCCCUCAAGGUCCUUCGCUUCGGCCCCAACGCCGCCGACGCCCGGCGCCAAGCAGCCCGGGAGGCCGACAUCCUGACGCGCGUCGACUCUCCAUUAGUGGUCCUCUGCCACGGCGUGCUCGAGGGAAGCGGUGACGAUCAUCUCUGCCUUGUCAUGGAGUACAUGGCCGGCGGCUCCCUCCACGACGUUCUCCGAGCCCGCCGGAGGCUACCUGAGGGGCUUAUCGCCGGGGUGGCAAGGCGGGUGCUGGAGGGCCUACGCUACCUCCACGGGAUGGGUGUCGUGCACCGUGACAUCAAGCCCUCAAACCUUUUAAUCGGCAGCCAUGGAGAGGUGAAGAUUGCCGACUUCGGGGCGAGCCGGGUGGUGGCAGCGGCAGCGGCAGUGGGGCCCGCAGCCGGUGGUGGCGAUGAUGCCUGCGCGGGCACAUGCGCGUAUAUGAGCCCAGAACGGUUCGACUCGGAGGGGUUCGGGGAUGGGGGAGGAUUCGCUGGUGAUGUUUGGGCCCUGGGGGUGGUGCUGCUGGAGUGCUUUGUGGGCCGGUUUCCACUUGUGGAGGCAGGGGAACGACCAGAUUGGGCCACAUUGAUAUUCGUCGUUUGCUUUGGCGGCCCACCGGCGGUGCCGGAUGCUGCGUCGCCGGAGUUCCGGAGCUUUUUGGGAAGGUGCUUGGAGAAGGACUGGAGGAAGAGAGGGACGGUGGGGGAGCUCCUGAGCCACCCUUUUGUUGCCAAGUGCUGUUCCACGGAAGGCUUGGUUGAUGACACUUUCUAUAUAUAGUGGAGGUGAUAGGAACCUAAGGGCUGCUUGGGCUUUUCUACUGGGCUAGGUUUUAGAAUUCUAAACUUUUUUCCGCAAUGAAAGUGACAGCAAUUGACAGAUGAACACAUGCAGAGUGUUAUUUUUCCAUUAUUUGUUGUAACAAGUUUUGCGUGGCUAAAGUCUCACGAAAAUGCGGGCAAAUAGAUUUCCUACUCAGCGUAUGUUUUGCAAAACAGGUCAUGAGCCAUUUUGUAAUAUGUUUUUUAUUGGAUAUUCUAUUAGUUACAGCUAGUUUGUAAUCUCAGAUGGUUAAUCCAUGUUUCCUUUAGUCAUAUGUUUGAUAGAAUUAGAUAUCCAAAUUUUCCUUUUCAGUUGCAAUCACGGAUGUUAGAUUUGCUUGACAGAGAAAAGCAUAAUCUUUUUUUCAGAAAAUAAAAGCAUGCACUAUUUCUCCUAACGCGUCACACAUGCUAUACUGUAGCGGUGUUAACAGAGAUCUAAUGAAGAGAAGGCGAUCACAUGUUGUGGAUACGUUAUAUGAAAAUCUGGCGAUGACCCCUAAGUAAUUGAAUCCACUGAAAGAUCAGAUAUUCGGACAAAAGAAUAAUAAAACAAUAGUACCCCCAACAAAGAUCGCGAUGACUAAGAUAAAGAGUUAAUUGGACGUGCACUCAAUUAGUUAAUCUCGUCCACGUUAUUCUGGUCUUCUGUAUGCACCAAAUUGGAGCCACGUAAUGUCUGUGGUCACCGCCUCGCCUGCUCAUUUACCCAUCCAAUGUGGCAGGACUGGGGCGCAAUUUUUUUGAGGGGAAAAUGACCGGAGACUGGUGCAAUUUAAUUGGACUUGGCCGUUCACGGGAUACGACACGACAUCAGCACCAGGUCAGACGUGUAACCGAGCAGGCUAUGCAGUGGCACCUGCGGCAAUUUUCUUCUGGAACCCAUAUGGAUAAAGAUAAGAGGUGCCGCCGUUGCUGGCAGCUGAUGCUUAAGGAACAUCCUCUGUAAGGUUUUGAUUAGCCUCCUUUU